CGUCAAUAUUGAAAGUGUCUUACUACGGAAGGUGAAUUAAGAAACUUACACGUAUCCAAAUUAGUCUUGCUCAAAUUAUCAGACUUCCUCUUUUGGAUAAGAACUUACAUAAAUUUUGUUGAAUUUGAUGCUUAUUUCUUUGUAAUCAACCUGAAAUAUAAACAAUUUAGGCACAUAAUCUUCCAUAAUGACUGUUGUCAUAAUCGGUGGAGGUAUUAUCGGUGUUUCAACUGCUUAUUUUCUAUCGAAACGUAAAAUCAACACAUUGAUUAUUGAAAAAGAAGAGCUUGCAUCUGCAGCAUCUGGUCGAGCUGGAGGCUUUCUUGCAAAAGAUUGGUGUUCACACUAUGAAAUGGAUGUUCUAGCUCAAAAUGGUUUUGAUCUACAUAUGAAAUUGGCAGAAGAAUUUGGUGAUGUAUGCGAUUAUAGGCGUGUCAACACUUAUUCUAUAUCUGUGUCUCCUGGAGAGUCUUCUGGUGUUUCAGGGGCUCCAUCAUGGAUUAGUGGAAAAGUUAAAAGCUGUUCAUUGAUAGGAAAUACUACAAAUACUGCACAGGUGAAUCCAGGAAAACUCACAAGAGAAUUAUUUCGUCGUACUCAGCAUUUAACCAAUGAUGGAACACAAGUGAAAAUAGCGCGAGUUAUUGGAUUAGAAUUUGCAAAAUCACAAACAUCUACUCCAUGUGUUGCUGCUGUUCGAGUAAUCGGGUCCUCAUCGUCAGAUUCUCAUACUGAGCUUAUACCAGCUAGUUUAGUUAUCCUUACAGCAGGACCUUGGUCAAGUGAAGCUGUCAAAUGGUUACCAUCAGGUUGUUUAAAGCCGAAUACAUUUCAAGGAAGACGAGCACAUAGUAUUAUAUUAAAGCCUAUAGUAGAAAAUUGUCCAAUAGAUGCUAAAUGCUUAUUUAUGGAAUAUCAAGGUUUAGAGUAUAAAUGUUCACCGGAAGUUUAUCCAAGACCUGAUAAUACAGUUUAUGUUUGUGGUCUUGGCGAUGGGGAACCUGUACCAUCUUCAAAAGACAAAGUCGAAGUAGAACCUUGGCGUUGUCAUCGAUUGCAAGAAAUAGUCACCAGUGUUAUCCCUUCGUUAAAAGAUGCCGAGGUAAUAACUGAAUCAGCUUGUUACCUGCCUAUUUCAUCUGAUGGUGUACCUGUUAUCGGUAAAGUACCCGGUGUAUCAGGUGUAUACAUUGCGACAGGUAAUUCCUGUUGGGGUAUUCUAACCGGACCAAUUACUGGACGCCUAUUAGCCAGUAUUAUUUUAAAAGAUAAUCCAAGCUUAACACAGAAUAAUAGUUCAAAGGUUAGUGAACAAAUGAAACUGGAGGAAGAAGAGGCCGGUCGUCGUCUACUUCAACAACCUGGUAUUGAAGAGUUUAAUCCGGAGAGAUUAGUGAUAAGAUAAACUAAUGAGCGCCUUUGUAUCCCUAACUGACUAACUAACUAAUAUCUGAUUUUUUUUCCAUUCGAUUUGAUUCCCUUGUGAAAAAAAGUUCUGUUGUUUGCUUUUUUGGAUAACUUUUAUAGAAUGCCUUUUGCCUCCCCCCACCCUUACUAUCUCUCUAAAUGAGUACUUCUCACAGAUUAUUAUUGGAACUGCUUCAAUAUUUACACAUAUUUUUUUAUAUAAAACUUCAGUUAAUAUCAUCAUCAGUCCAUUUUUCAGUAUCAUUUACGCAGAUAUAUGUAGGUAUCAUUCUUUUUGUUCAUAUAUCACCCACCCCCUUUUUUGUGCGCCCGUGUGUGCGUGUGAUAACCCCAUCUGCUCAUUUU